AAGAAUCGAGCUGAGAAUCGAUCGAUAAUCGGGAAUAAGAACAUCGAAUAUCGAAUACCAUAAAGUGCAGACAGUUGUUUUUUUCUAGUUUUAUUUUUGUACAAAAAAUCAUUAAAAUGAGCCCCAAAGUAUCCUUCCUGUGCCUGCUGCUCCUGCAGCUGUUGAAUGCCGCCUUCGGAGACGUCUCCCAUCUGGAGUACACGAUCACCCCCAGCUCCCAGGUGGCAUACUACCACUAUCCCGCCCCGCGUCAGCAGCUGCCACAGCGAGUGCAACAGCAGCAGCAACAGCAGCAGCAGCAGAGGUAUCAGCCUCCCCAGCAACAGUACCAGCAAUUGGCCCGACAGUUUGCUGCCCCCCACCUGGAGCACGCCGCCUUCACGCAGGCACUCACCAGCCAGGGAUAUGUCUUUGGAGCACCCUCGGCGCCACUGCCAGCGGUCCAGGCGGCACCCCAGCCCCCGCAACAGUCGCAGCCGCUGAAGGCACCGAAGCCUGCCCCACUUGCAGCUGCCACAGGCCGCUCGAUUGCUGGGGGAGUCGCCUCCGUCUCCGCCUCCAUGGAUGCCAAUUCGCUGAACCUCAAGCUGCCGGUGCCCUUCGGCCUGGCACCCCUGAAUGUGGCACAGCUGCCCCUCCAGGCGGGGGCGCCCUACGCCAGCGUGCCACACACCACGGGCCUCACCUCCUACGGAACUCCGCAGAUCCAAAGGCGCUAGGAAUGCCACACCAUUCAACAGUAGAAUAAAUUACAAAUAAUAUUAAAGCGAUAAAGAUAAAGAUAAAGAUAAAGAUAGACAGAUGGACAGAUGGACAGCGUCACAUCCCGACUGAUCUGCAAACUGCGAUGAUGACCGCUCAUAGUACUCCUCAUAGCGAAUACCACAUUGAAUACCCAUACACCGUGCACCUUCAACAUUAAACAUUAAAAUAAACUUGCCAU